AUGGCAACCAAAACCCGCAUUCUCCUCGCUCCUCGGAAGCUCAAGCUUCCCUCCUCCCUCCGUACCUACCACUCGCACAACCACCCGGCCCCACCCGGCCCCUUCACCCCCGUCGAAUCAACCAUCCUCUCCGCCUCCGCCCCCCACAUCCCAACCCACGGCUUCACGCUCACGACCCUUUCCUUGGGCGCAAAAGACGCAGGCUAUAUUGAUGCAUCCACGAACCUGUUUCCACGCGGCGCAUUCGCGCUGGUGCAGUGGCAUCUCUACACGCAGCGGAUGGCACUACAGCAUCAUACGGGGAUCAUCAGUCCUGAAGUCAGAGACGGGGGGAGAGCACCGGGUGUGGGGAGCAAGGUCAAGAUGCUGACAUGGGAGCGAUUGAUGGGGAAUCGGGAAGUGGUUCAUCGAUGGCAGGAGGCAUUGGCGCUCAUGGCACUUCCCUCGAACAUUCCGCCCUCCGUAGGUGAACUAGGCGCUCUCUCGGAUGAGAUAUGGUAUCUGUCUGGUGAUACAUCGGUAGACAGUUCCUGGUACACGAAACGGGCCUCUUUGUCAAGUAUUUAUGCGGCGAGCGAGUUGUUCAUGACGACGGAUAAAUCCGAUGGGUAUAAGGAGACGCGGGCUUUUAUGGAUAGACGGUUUGGGGACGUACAAGCUGUUGGGAGUGCGGUUGGGAGUUUGGGGCAAUGGGUGGGAUUUAAUGCUAGGUCAGGGCUGAAUGUAUUGAGAAGUAAGGGGGCCAGGAUCUAA